CGACUUCUUGAUUGGUGUUUCUACUGGUGUUAUUGGAGGCUUGUUUUAUUACUUCAUGAGUAGUCAAGAUGAUCUCUGUUUGAAGGGUGUUUUUUUAGGAACAUUGUAUUGGUGAGUUGUAAUUAAGAAAGAGCCAACUUGUAUGGCAAAAGCUCUUCUCAAGGAAGAAUUUAUCAAACGACGAUACCGCGAUGUCUGACUCAUAUUGACUUAUCUCCAUGUCUUGACAUUCCGUGUUCUCGUGAAGGUUCUUUUAUGGAACGGCAUUUGUGAUCGGCUUGCUAGAGAUUAUUGCAGGGGAGCUUCAAACUGGUGUGACUCGUUUCCUUGCUGUAUCGGUGAAAACUUUUGUUCUUUCAGUCGGUUCGGCUGUUGGCAUGACCCUGGUAUUAGCAGAAACCGUUUACGAAGAAUGGACCAAUCAAUUCGAUCCCGAAGCAAACAAAUGUAACAGCAUAGAUCUCUCUGAGAAGUGGUGGCGGCUUCCACUGUUCAUACUUUGUUCUGUCAGUGUGUUGGGUCAGUACCGCUUUAUUAUUAUGAAUUACUGGGCUGGGCUUCUAGUUCAAGUGGCGGCGUACGAAGCGCAGUAUCGCGUUAUGGGAUAUUACGACAAGGCACAUGAGUUUGACGGUAUGGAUACUGUAUUUGCUGAUCUGGCGGGUGCAAUGGCAGCCGUUUUUGCUGCAAGUAUGGUUUGUUUCUUUAUAGAUAAUUUGAGACACUACAGUAACCUCUCUGUCGUUGGAAAAUCCGCUGAAGAAACGAAACUAUCACGGAGCGGACAAUUGACAAACAAGAUAUACGAAUGUUUGGUCUUCGUCGGCAGUUCCUUAGGUCUUGGAAGAGGAUUGUUUCGUCGACAUGCAAAUUGCAAAAAAAAACUUAGUGAAAUUGCGAAAGCCGAAGGGAAAAAUAAGAUGGAAGUACGUCUAUCGGUUGAAGAAGAAGCCACUAUGGUAGAAGCGGCCGUGGAGGCGCAAGAGACAAACGUUUGGUCUCUUCUGAUGCCAGCUGUUUAUCAGCUCGUGCCAGGAUCGAAGCUCGCUCAAUUUUGGUAUAAAUUAAUUUUUCCUUCAGAAGAGAGUACUGGAAUUGUGGAUUCGCCUGAAACUGCCUUAUGGCUAACGUCUGUUGCUCUUGCAUUGGGAUUGAUUUUGGGCUUGACAGCUGUCAGACUCCUUGGCUUUUCUUUAAUUACGAUCGCGUCAUGUGUGCGAAAGAAAAUAGAAUCCGAGGAUGACGAGAUAGGCAAAAGUACAAGACAACGCGAACGACGAGGGGUUACAGCUCAGUCUAAUGACUUCGAUCCGUCUGAUCUUGUCUGGGAAAAAGAAUUCGAUUUGAAAUAUGGCGUCAAUGCAAGUACUGAUAGCAAUGAUGAAAAUAAGCCUUCCGAUUCUUCUGAAGAAAUAGUCAUGGUGUGCUCAGCUUAAAGCAAGGCAAAUCAAAAGAGAAAGCAAAUAACGAAAUAAUACUAUGCAAUAUGU